AUGCUGACUUCUAUCCAGCUGAUAGUUUUGCUUUUUUGGACCAACAUUAGCUCAGCUGAUGCAGAGAAACUUUUCCACAAUCGUGAUCAUUCUGAUGUGCAAACCCUUAAUUCUCACCAGGCUGAGGUUAUAACAGACAAAUAUGGAUUCAUGAAGCCAGUGAACUGGGAGGAGAUCCAAUUUGAAGAUUCCCACACCAGCUUCAGUGGCGACUUCCUCGAUGAUCUUCAAGCCACGAUUCAGGAGGGGGCCUCGGUGCCUCAUUCAAGGGAUGCUCCUCAAGAUGACUACAUGAUACCAACUGAGAGUGAAGCUUUUGCUUCAGCACUUAAAGAGUUUCAGAAGGUAUCGGGCCUGCCUGUCACAGGUGUGUUUGAUGAGGCCACCAAGGUGGCAAUGAACAAACCAAGGUGUGGGGUACCUGACACGGAGAUUGACCUGAAUACGGCUGUAGCAGCUGAGAACAGUAGUGCCUCAGAUAUCGAAAACAGCCCUGGUGACACUUACGAGACUGAUAGUAACAACACAGCGACUAAUAUAAUCAGCGACACUGCUUUUGGUGCUGCGAACUCCUCUGAAGAUGACAUAUUCAAUUUUAAUGACACAGAAAGUGUCCUCACAGGCAUUUCCAAUGACACCAGCAUGAAUUACACAGAAGAAUUUAACUCUUUUGAUGUCGCCUCUCUAAACAGCUCACAUGAUAUCAUCAUGGACAGUCAGAAGGUAAAUAUCAGUGCGAACCAACAACAGAGCGAAGCGGUGCGGCGCAGGAAACGUCACCUUGCUGCUCUUGUAUCCAAAAGCAGGCGCAAGAGAGAUUUGGGCGAGACUGGCUACAUGGCCUUUUCUAAGAAAGUGCUGAAAUGGAGACUUAUAGGAGAAGGCUACAGCAGUCAGCUGACUGUGGAAGAGCAGAGGUACAUCUUCAGACUGGCCUUCCGGAUGUGGAGCGAGGUGUCUCCGCUGGAAUUUGUGGAGGACACUCGUUCCCCGCUGGAGGACAUCGACAUCAGGCUGGGCUUUGGUACAGGAAGACAUCUUGGAUGCAAUCAGAGGUUUGAUGGCACUGGUCAAGAGUUUGCCCACGCCUGGUUCCUGGGUGAUAUACACUUUGAUGAUGAUGAACAUUUCACUGCUCCCAAUGCGGGCAGUGGGAUCAGUCUUCUCAAAGUGGCGGUUCAUGAGAUCGGACACGUCUUGGGUCUCCCCCACAUAUACAGACCUGGAUCUAUAAUGCAGCCCAGCUAUCUGCCACAUGAGUCUGUCUUUGAGAUGGACUGGAUGGACAGGAAAGCCAUACAGCACCUCUAUGGGGGCUGUAAGGGUCGGUUCAACACAGUGUUCGAUUGGAUCAGAAGGGAGAAGACGCCCUACGGGGAGGUGGUCAUCCGCUUUAACACCUAUUUCAUGAGAGACGGCUGGUAUUGGCUGUAUGAGAACAGAAAUAACCGGACACGCUAUGGUGAUCCAGUUGCACUGCAGAUCGGCUGGCGUGGAGUUCCCCUGGACGGAGUGGAUGCCUGUGUGCAUGUGUGGUCCAGAAAAAGAGAUGCUGUUUACUUCUUCAGAGGUACUCAGUUCUGGAGGUAUGACAGCGAGAAUGACGGGGUAUUCACGCAGGACCCAGAAGGUCACCGCUAUCCGAGGUUGAUCUCUGAAGGUUUCCCAGGGGUGCCCAGUCCUAUCGACACGGCCUUUUAUGACAGGAGGGACUCCCACAUCUACUUCUUCAAAAACAGGCUUGUGUAUGCAUUCGACGUUGAAGCCAACAGCUUGGCAAGAGGCUUCCCCAAAAACAUCAGAGAUGUUUUCCCUCCGGUGGUGAGCGGAGACCAUCCAGAUGGCAACAUUGAUGCUGCCUACUUCUCCUACACCCACAAUGCCAUCUUUCUACUCAAGGGCGCGCGCUUCUGGCAGGUGGUGGGCAGCCGUGAUCGCUGGCGCUGGCUCUUUCUGCCACGGAAUGGCCUGCUGCCACACAAGGAGGUGGAUCAGCACUGGUUCGACAUCUGCAACGUUCAUCCCACCGCACUCAAACUAACCCGCUGAGGGCGUUGAAGCGGAGAUGUCAUAAGCCCUACUGGCGUGUUUCUACUGAUUUUACCUGUCGUUUAACAGUGCUGCUAUUGAAGCUCCCAUCCCCACACCGCGGGCCUCUUUGGAUGCGACUAGGAUAAAUGAGAUCAGUCAUGCUGAUAGAGCCCGUGCUGCAGCAGCCCCAGAGAGAUACAAAAAAAAACCUGUGUCAUGGCACAGGAAUCCACAUGGGAGGCACUUCAGAAACAGGAGAAUGGGACAAAAAAAUCCCCGCAGCACAUUCAUAUCACAAAAAAAAAAAAAAAAAAAAAAAAAUUCCCCCAAACUCUGCCAAGGCGCAGAGAUAACUUGCAGUGGUGUUGCCUCAUUUUCUGUCUCAAAGCGGUGUAGAAAACACAGGAAUAAAUCAUUUAUGGAAUCAUUUCAAAUGAGUGUCAUAUUGUAAUGUGUCUUUGCAUGUGCCGUGGGAUUAGUUCGACAAACUGCUGCAUGAAGAUGGUGCAUUGCAUUUAAAUGUAUCAUCAAGAUACAUUUGCCUUUGAGUGCUAGACUUUCAAAGGUAUCCUCCCUUGUCCCUUGUCUGGGGUUGAAGUUCAAGGACAACAUUACUUUCAGUCUCUUCGUUUAUACAUUUUUAAAGUAAACACUUUGCAGUCUUUCCUCUGUGAUAGAAUCUGCAGCAUUUCAUUCUGGUAGUCACACCUCGUGGAAAGAAUGUUGAAAAGUUUCAAUUUAUUGUACACUUUAUCCAUUGUACAUCUCGUAAUAGUCGCACAGCACUGUGAAAAUCUUCUGCAGAAAUAGAGCGAAGUGAAGUGGUAACCUCAUAAGGUUAAAAAAAACAAAACAAAACAAAACAAUUCCAUUACUUCAAGAGUAUUGAUCAGUGACCAUGGAGAGGACUCAUGAGGAUGGAACAGCUUCCUGCUUCCCAUUCUCUUACCCCGCUCUGGUGUACCUUGAUAUUUCCUCAGCCAUCACUCAUAAUCACCCACCAACUGAAAUUCAAAGCCAUUUAUUUUCUGGUGUUUUAUCAUUGAAGGGGGUUUAACACAGUUUAUGAAGCUGCA